UCCUCCUGAGUCAGAGAAGAAUGGACUUUACAGGGGGUGCUCCAGAAGGCCAUGGGGUUAUAUAAAUCCCAGGGCAGAGAGGAGGAGGAAAGGGAGAGUCAAGACAAGCAGAUGAUGGCAGGAGAGCCAGAGACCCAGCAGCCAAAGAACCAUGAGGAGGAGGUCACAUUUGGAGGCCAGGGAUUUGCUGAGAACGACCCUGAGGGUCUCACUUGCCGCUCCAAGAGCAUGCCAGAAUGUCUGACCCGGGUACCCUGGCUUCUCCUGCUUCUCAUCUCUCUGGGCCUCUUUGUGCUGAUGUUGGCCAUCCUGGUUCAAGUUUCCAGGGUUCGUGCAUCCCCACAGGGACAGAUCCCAGGUCAGCAGGGGAGCUCCAGCGUGGUUGCUGUUCCUCAUGCGCAGACACACAGCUUGGAGCAGAUCCAGCAGCAGCUGACUCAGAUCAAUGCCUCGCUGGCUGUCCUGUGCCGGCCCUGCCCCUGGGACUGGGAGCUCUUCCAGGGAAGCUGCUACCUCUUCUCCAGGACUCUGGGCAGCUGGGGAGCCUCGGCCACCUCCUGCCAGGAUCUGGGUGCCCACCUGGUGAUUAUCAACAGUGUUGAAGAGCAGCUCUUUCUCAAAUACUGGCACAUCAGAAAGAAUGAACGCUCCUGGAUUGGCCUCAGCGAUCACAGACAUGAAGGUUCCUGGCAGUGGGUGGAUGACACCCCCCUCAGACUCAGCUUCUGGCAAGAGGGGGAGCCCAAUAACGAAGGGGAUGAGGACUGCGUGGAGCUGGCAGAAGAUAAAUGGAAUGACAGAAGAUGUACCGCAAACAACUUCUGGGUGUGUGAGCAGCCCUCGGCUCCCUGCCCUCGUCACUGAGGGUCUGGGCUUCCCCUGGACAUGCAGGCAACUCAGGGGCACUCUGCUCUACUUCUAGCCACCUUGUUCACCCCCAGUGUCCCUGCUCUGAGUCCUUCGGGAUCCAGAGAGAGUCCCUGAGAUACCCUCCCCUGCAGCUCUUCCCUCUUCUUCUGUGGAUGAUCUCAGUUGUUCUUCCCAGUCACACACGCAUGGAUCUGGGGUGUGGCUCAAUGGCACACAGUUUGCCUAGCAUGAGUGGGUCUCUGAGUUCCAUCCCUAGCACUAAAAUAAAUGAACAAACAAAUAAUUAAAUUCACACAUGGUCUGAUGUGUUCCAUUCAGUGGAUUACCUAUUCCUGG